UAUCCGUGGCUCGGACCAAAGCGGAGUCAGCGUGUUAACCACGCCCUUCUCAUGAAUAAUACCACACAUCCCGUUGAACAGGAGAAGGAGGCUAGUGCCAGAGGGAAAUCUCCAGACGUCAGCGCUUGCUCACUCGUGAGCAAGGAUUAACGGCUAUAAUAUCACUAUCCGUGAAGGAUAAGGGUACUCUUAUUUCCGGUGAUGAAAUGGGCGUAGGAAGACACUGGAAUCCGCCUUAUGUACUUCGACUCCGCUGGUUUCCGCCAGGUAUUUACGGAGGAGGACACACUAAGGGGUGGAAAUUAGCACAGACGGCCGUGACAAACCUAUUAUCUACCAGUCAGACGUUUUUAUCGCACGUGUAUUGAGGAAAAACAAUAGUUGAGGGACUAUCAGCAGGAAAUAUAUUAAUUUGCAACUAUGUUCCGAAACAGCCUGAAGAUGCUGCUUGGAAGCAGGAGUCGCAAGCUGAACAACGAUGACAGCAGCAUUGAUUCGGACACCUCAGACAUCAGGAUGAUGAAGGGCUUCACUCGCUCACUGCCCUCCUCUCCCCUUCUCAAUCUUCGCCUGGACAAGAGAAAUGAUGAGGCAGAGGAGUUGGGACCACCACCUUCUGUAGCCGAAGCGGCUGAUGCUCUGAGGACCCAGCUUGGCUUCCUUCUUGGGGAGAAGGUCACAGUUGGAGAGUCAUGUUUACCUUAUCACAGCCCAAACGAUGGACAGAAGAUGUCUCCUUCCUCCAGUCUGGCAAGCAGCAACUCCUCCCCCUGCACCACUCCACAGCCUCACACUGGGAUGGAGGGUAACAAUAAAGGCAAACAUGCCUCCUUGUACCAUGCCUCUAUCACCUCCCCCUCCUCCACACUGGAAAGCAGAGACAGUGGAAUCAUAGCCAUGCUGACCAGCUAUUCUGCUGAUUCUGCUGUAGAGCGGGACGACGGCACCAAGUGUUCUACUGACGGUUACAACGGCAGCAGCCUCAACAUCUGGCAGCAAGAAGGCCAGCCAGUGGUGGCGUCCACUUUGUCCUCGAGUGCGAGAUCCACAAGUCGCACCAACGGCAGCUCGAUGUACAGGAUAGAAGAGAGCCUGUAUGCCUCUACCUACAGCCUGAACAAGCUCCACCCAAACCGAGGAUCCAGCUGUUCACGCUCGUCUGGAUCCACCCACUCCAUAGCCCUCAACCUCAUUCCGCGCCCCAAUUCAGUCGCUGCCACAAGUUCAGCCCACCUUGAAGACCUAGCCUUUCUGGAUGAUCAACAGAGACAUUUAGCCUCAAAGAUGUCCCUCAAAAUGGUUGGAGAGAAUUCUGGGAAUCGUAAUCAGCAGGACCCUGGAGUUGAUUUUACUCCAGCCCUCAACCUGAAACCACUCCAUUUCGAGGUUCCUGGUCUGUUGUCUGAUUGGCUGUUCAUGGGCAGAGAGUGGCUCUUCCAGGAAGUUGACACCCAUCUGCACGGCAAUGACCCAACAACUAACAGAGGCAUAUUAAUUACUGGCAACAUGGGCUAUGGAAAGACGGCUAUCAUUGCAAGGCUGGUGGCACUCAGCUGUCAUGGACACCACAUGUGGCCGAGCACCACUGGCAAGCAGAUCAUACCCAAAUAUGGAGAAUCGGUUUUGCUCUCAACUGAGUCUUCUGGAAGAGGAGGGGGGGCAGGAGAAGAAAAUGGAGGAGGAAGCUGUCCAGGAACUCCAGAGAAGAAGAGAAGACAACAGGAGGCAUUGUGGAGACUAGCUGGACAGGUAGUGGCCUUUCACUUCUGUCAAGCUGAUAACUGUUACACCUGCCUUGUUCCUGAGUUCGUCCACAACAUGGCGGCCAUGCUGAUCACUGCCCCUCAACUGACCGCCUAUCGAAAACUGUUGCAGCACUCACCUCAGUUGCAGAGCAUCCUCAGUCUGCGCUCCUGCAUUCAGGAUCCGAGCUUAGCCCUUCAGAGAGGAAUACUAGACCCCCUGGAUGCACUCCACAAAGAGAGAAAGCUUCAGAUUGAUGUGGAAGGUCUCAUUGUACUGAUUGAUGGGCUAAACGAGGCUGAGUUCCACCGGCCCGAUUACGGAGAUACACUCACUUCCUUUCUCUCUCGAAACAUUCAAAAAUUUCCUUUGUGGUUGAAGGUAAUUUCUACUGUCAGGACCAGCCAGCAGGACAUUGCUCAAUGUCUGCCUUUUCACCAUAUCUCACUGGACGGAAAGGAGGAAAACAACGCCAUAGACCAGGACCUGGAGGAUUACUUGAUGGAGCGUAUCCACAGCAGCCCUGGGAUCCAGAGCAAUGUGUCGCUGGGCAAUGGUCGCCUUGACAACACAGCACUGACCAAGAUGAUCAGCCACUUGCAGAACCUAAGCAAAGGCUCUUACCUCUACCUGAAACUGACCCUUGACCUAAUUGAAGGAGGUUACCUUGUUCUGAAGAGUUCUAGCUUUAAGGUGGUUCCAGUCAACCUAGCAGAAGUGUACCUGCUACAGCUUAACAUGAGGUUUCCCACGCAGUCAUCUUUUCAAAGAGUACUGCCUCUGCUUAAUGUUACUGUGUCUUCGCUCCACCCACUGACCGAUCAGCAGUUGUUUGAGGUGGUGAAUGCAGGUUGCCUCAGUGGAGAAACAUUCCAGUGGGGGGAGUUUACACAUCGCCUAGAUCAGCUCUCUUCUUUCCUGCUACAGCGGAGUGACGGCAGCAGGAUGCUUAACCAUGCCUCCUUCAGGGAGUGGCUAGUGUGGAGGGAGGAGGGGCAGGAUGACAAGUUCCUCUGUGACCCAAGAAGUGGACACACCCUGCUGGCCUUCUGGUUCUGCAGACAAGAGGGAAAACUAAGCCGACAGCAGACCCUGCAGCUGGGACAUCAUAUUCUGAAGGCUCACAUCUACAAGGGCUUGAGUAAAAAACUUGGGGUUUCCUCCUCCAUUCUUCAGGGGCUGUGGAUGUCAUACAGCACAGGAAGACUUUGCCCCGUUCUUUCAUCGCUGCGCAACCUCUAUACCCCCAAUAUCAAGGUGAGCAGGCUCCUGAUAAUGGGUGGAGCCAAUGUGGAUUACCGAACUGAAGUCCUUAAUGGUGCCCCCUUAUUGUGUGUCCAUGCUCACCUUGGCCACAAGGAUGUCGUAGCACUGCUGCUCGACCACAGAGCCCAAGUGGAUGCUCAGUCACAUGAUGGUUUAACAGCUCUCGGAUUUGCUGCUGCAGCUGGUCACUUGGACAUAGCCACCUUGCUGAGUCACCACAAAGCCAAGAUUGGCCACAUGGACAGCUCAGGUCGGUGUGUGCUGGUUCUGGCAGCCCAGCACGGUCACCUGGAGGUGCUGCGCUUCCUACUGAAGAGGCCUGAUUGGAGCUGCACUUCCUGUUGUAGCCAGAAGGGGACAAGCAGGAGCCAAGCUGUGCAGCAGGCUCUGAUUGCAGCAGCAAACAUGGGCCAUGCAGAAAUGGUGUCAUACCUCCUGGAUCUUCCAGAAGAAGAUGAGAAAGAGGAGCAGAGACCUGAGAUUAACACAUAUGACUGUCUGUGGGGGGAGACAGCUCUGACAGCUGCAGCAGGACAUGGAAAGAUUGCUGUGUGUAGACUCCUGCUGGAUCAGGGAGCUGCUGCUGAGCAAGGCAACAGGCAUGGCAUCACUCCACUCUUCAGCGCCGUGAGACGGGGACACACACGGGUGGUGGAGAUGUUGCUGAACUAUGGGGUUGAGGUGAACAGUGUGGACCAGCAGGGUCGAACAGCUCUGAUGACGGCAGCCUCAGAAGGACACAUUAUCUCCGCCCAGCUUCUGUUGGAUCACGGGGCCUCUCUCAACCAGAUCGAUAGGGAAGGCUUGACUGCUCUGAGCUGGGCAUGCCUCAAAGGCCAGUUCACAUUGGUCAGGGAGCUGGUGGAGAGAGGGGCAGCCACCGACCAUGCUGAUCGCAGCAGUCGAACACCUCUGGACCUGGCUGCCUUUUGUGGAGACCCUGAAGUGGUCCAGUAUCUAGUGGAUCAUGGAGCGUUGGUGGAGCACAUGGACUGCAGUGGGAUGCGCCCUCUGGACCGAGCAGUUGGCUGCAGGAACACUUCAGCAGUUAUUGCUCUUCUCAAGAAGGGAGCUAAGAUUGGACCAGCAACCUGGGCCAUGGCCACUUCCAAGCCGGACAUUUUAAUGGUGUUACUCAGUAAAAUAAUCCAAGAAGGAGACAGACUGUACAAGCAAGGAAAGGUGAGAGAAGCUGCACAGUCCUACCAGUCAGCCCUCCACAAGUUUCCCAGAGACGAGCUAAAGACCUUCAAACAGCUCAGAGUGUGUGUGCUGCUCAACUUGUCCCGCUGCCGCCGUAAAAUGAAUGACUUCAGCCUUGCUGAGGAAUUUGCUACAAAGGCUCUAGAGCUGAAAUCCAACUCCUACGAGGCCUUUUAUGCCCGAGCCAGGGCUAAACGAAGCCGCAGACAGUUCCAUGCUGCGUUGGAGGACCUGAUGGAUGCCAGCCGUCUAUGUCCAUCCAACAGGGAGAUUCAGCGCCUUUUGUCUCGGGUGAAAGAAGAGUGUCGGCAAGUUUCAGAGCAACAAGACCCUCCCUCUGCUUAUCAACACCAGAUGGCAGUGUCCACCAAUGAAGCCAGGUGUAGGGAUUUCAACUGUCUUCAUGUGCAGAACAUGGAAAGCUUUAACAGGGAAGAUAAGGAAGUGGAGAAAGAAAAAGAUGGGGAUGUCAGGGAAGAUGAAGACUUUUUGUCCUUUCAUCCUCCUCACACAGUCUACAGUCUUGACACCCAUUGCUACCCUGGACUGAAAUCACCAUCUUCUCUCUCUCCGACUCACAUGCAUCAGUGCCUCUCUAAUCCCACUCAUUUAGCAGACCUCUCUUCCCCCAGUCAUUCUUUGCUACCUCCCACUUCCCACAGCCAACCUCAUGUCAGUGAGACUCCUUCAUCACCCCUGCAGCAUCCACAAAGAGCUGGCUCAAUGUUUGAAAGUAGAGGACAACACCACCUUCAAAUGGUCUCAGUGCUUAGCCCAGCAGAUCAUAAUCAGGGCAGGCAGCAGAACAACCUUGGUUCCGAUCAGAAAUCCCUGCUUAAACGCAGCCCUUCCAAAAGCUUGGGGCUCCAGAAUACCAAGGCUGAGGUCGUCCUAAGCAGUCAGCCAAGCUCCUCAGACCACUCUGAUUUGGUUUUAGGGAGUUCUGCCUACUCCCAGUUUACCAAUCUUCCUGAAGAGUUAGCAGAGUUAUGGGAAGACUUUUACCCUAGACCGUUUGAUGUCAGACAUGGCCCACUUGUCCGUGGUGGUGUUUGUUCCAGAGUGACUCAUGUUUUGGACAAUGUGGGUGUUUCACCUGUUUGCCAGACGCAAGCAACACCUGUGCAUGGCAGAGGAACAGCAGCAGACCGAAUGGUAGUAAAUGAUUUUAGCCAGUCUCGACAGUUCAGCCGCAACCAGUCUAAAGCAGCUUACUACCCAAUGGAAGUUACAGAGGCAACUAUGGGCAAUAAGUCACUGCAAGACUUUCACUAUAAACACCAGGGUGGAGUUCAUCUUCCUCUUAAUGCCCACCCAACCUCCACCUUCACUCCUCCUCCCAGGUCUAUUAUACCUGUGAAUGUGCGCUUUUCUUCUAACAUUGCAAGUGGGCUGCUAACUAAUAAAGGUCAAGGUUUCAGGACCUCAGCCUCUGUCCAGCACAUGGAUCUACCUUCAGAAUCUAUGGGAGAUGCUUAUGGUUGUCAUGAUGAUCCUUUUCUUAAUUCCUCUCUGCAGUCAGAGAUCUGCAUGACUGGAGGAGGGACAUAUCCUGGAGAGGCAGGACGCUCUUCCAGGAACACACCUUUUAUGGGCAUAACAGACAAGUCGGUACGGGUGCACCAGCAGUACCAGCAGCAGGUUCCUUCUAGUUCAGCAUCCUGCCUCAGCCUCUCUCGCUCCUGGGCUGUUUCUUCAGUCGACACGAUCGUCACGUCACCUAGCAAAAGCAGUGCUAACCAAAGAGGCUUGGCUCCAGAAGCACUAAUAUCUAAUGCCUACUAUAAUUGUAGCAACAACAACGCUCACAACAGCCACCUCCACCUCACACAGGUCCAUUUGGACCUGUGUGAGGUGGCCCCUGGUAACAGCCGAUGGAAUGAAGAUUCGGGGCAUGUUUCAAGUCAGAACCCUUCUUAUCUUGAUGUGAAGGUUGCCCAAACACUGCCGGUUUGCCAAAACUGCUCUGACAGGUCAGUAGAAAGGAUUGUACCUACCUCUCCUGUCAAACCAAAAAAAACGUUUGUUGAGUCAAAUGUGUAAAGAACAAAAAAUAAAAAAGGUUUAAAGGAACUCAUUGGGAAGGGUAUUUCAAGUUGGGGUUUGGAAUUAAUAACUGCUUAAAAUAAACUAGUCUGAGAAGUUAAAAAGUCAAAUGCACAACUCAAAUUGCAAAUGGCACUCACUUCCAGGUUUUGGCUGGACAAGACUGCACUUAAUUGGACAUUGUCAUCAGUAUCCAGCAGAAUUCUAAAAGAGUCUAAAGUAUAUUCUAAAAUUUUGAAGAAAGUUAUAACUCUUAAGAACACUUUGCCAAUUGCUGCACUGAAGUUCUACAUUCAAUAUCAGUUUUUAAAUGACAGCACACACUGUAAGCAUUUACUCUUGCAUUGAAGUUUAACAACAAACAACAUUUUACCUGGUUUGGUAUCUUCAGACAGAGCAAGGAAUGAUUAUUGGGGAAAAGAACAACAAAUUUUCAAUCAUCAAAGCCACAAAAUGGUAGAGGAGUAUUCUGUGAAAUGGAAACAGUUGAAAAAACAUCCAAAUUUUUCUCUUUCUUGUUCAUCUCCCUUAUCUUUCAUGCCUUUUCACAGAAAAUAGCUCAGCGAUUCAGAAGAUCGUGUGAAUAGCGAUUCACUAAAGUAAAUAAAGCACCACUGUUACCUUUUCCUGUUGCAAUGCCAUCUAAAAUGACAUAAAUAGAGAGAAGUGGGCUGUAAAAAUUGUUGUUCAUCAGCAUCUUAGACCCAAAGCCAGAGCUUAAGAAAGUCGGACAAUGCAUUAAAGUUAUUAAACACUACUUUUGCUGUGACUAAAAUGGUUUCUAUUUAUCAGAUAUUUUUCAGUUGUGUCUGUAUUUAAUUAUACAAAUAUUUUAUUUUGAAACUGAAAUUUCAAUUUGCUUGUGCUAUGUGUGAUGAAUUUGUGGCAUCUUACUUGGAUAAAAAAGCUAAUUUGUCUUUUCAAACUUGGUCGGUUUGUUCAUGAGGAAUGGCCGAAUCAAAGUUAUCAAAAUGAUGACUUCUCAUGCAUGCUGAAGGCUUGUGGCCAGGCCUCAAAGUGUACUUUGAAUGAUCUCUAUCUGACCCCUUUGACCCAAUCAACAUGAAACUGUGUCCAGAGACAGAAGACAUGUUGAUGUAAGUUGGUUUCCAACACUGACCGGUUUUGGUGGAGCAAGUGGGCGUGGCGGCUUGGCGAAGUGACCUGUGACGCCAUUGCCAUACCUUGCACAGUUUCAAGUAGAGAUGCACCAAACUCACUGGGAUCGAUCCUUGUCCACCCCCCAACAGCAAUACACAAUAGUAUUUGGUAGGUGUGGCCUAAUUUCUUUACAGCACCCCCUACAAUAUUUUACAUGAGUCCGGAGCGGUGCUGAGCUGGGAGGGCCGCUCAAGGUUGCUUGCAGCUGUAAUUUAAUUUAUAUAUUUAAGUUAUCUUGUUCCUACUUGUUUUUUUAUUUUUUGCUGAAGACAAUUUUAAUAUUCUGUUUUUCUAUUGGUUCUAAAUUCUGCAGACCCUCCUGACUUAGAAUAAUACCUUAUUUUUAUAUAGAUUGGAAGAAAUCUAUAUAAGUUAAUACCAUCCCCCCCUACUUCAACUAAAAUAUUGGUUUCUGGAGUUUUUUCUACCAUGUGUUUUAAACUGGAGAAUAAAUUCAUUAAAAACUGAAUAAAUUAAGUGUUGAACCAAGUUUAAUGCCGACAAUAACAUUGUUACACCUAAGAUGUGAAUUUAUGUUUCUACGUAGAUUCUUUUGUAGAAUUUUUAAAGAUACACUAAGGAAUUUGUUGAAAUGUUUUUCCGUUUGAUAUGCCCAAACUGGAAACGCAAAAAAACUUUUUUUUUCCUGAUCACUAAACACACCAUAAUUGCAUUGUACUGACAACAUCACUCUUCAGUGUGAAAGUUACUUUGUCAACAAACACUUGGCAAUUUUUUUAUACUCAAUGAGGUGUUUAAGAAUGAAAUCAAAGGGAUGACAAAUGUAGGAAGCUGUAUAAAAGCUAUUUAAUUCAGGCUGUGAGAAAUGGCAAAGCUUUUGGUAAACAAUACAAUGGUUGAAUAUUAUAAAACAGCAAAGUUCGUCUGUUUUAUUAUUUUCAUUUUUUUAAUCAUUUGCUUGAAACAGCUAUUUUAGGAAUGCUUACUUCGCUCACUACACUAAUGACUUAUUACAUCUUAUUCAAGAUGCUACGCUCCAUAAUUAUUGUCUCUUUCAAUAAAGAUAUAUUUUUAAUUACGUUCAUAUCUAUUAUGGGUUGGAAUUGGAAUCUGAUAAGAAUCAGCAGCAAACGGUGCAUCUCUAACUUUUUGUUGCUGGUUUAGUUGGACAUUUAAAUGCUAAGAAACCACAAAUAUCUGACCAUUUAAAAUCCAGCUACAAUCCUCCUCUUAUACCAUUUGUAUGCACAUCUGACCCUCUACCUUCUGGAACUGGGUUGGGCCAGUGUACUUUCUGUCUCAAGUUAGCAACUUGGCAGCCAUAGAGAAAGAUAUUAAAGACUUGACACACUGGAUACAAUAUCUUCACUUUUUGUCUUAUUUAUUUUUGAUUGUCCCUUACAUUUUGCCUCAAAUUCAUUUUGGAUUUUGGGGAACAUAAUCAUUAUCUGUAAAUAAACUAACAAAUAAUUGAAAACGAUAAAGUAUUUUGCACUCUCAA